AACAGCAGCAGCAGACGACGAUGUCGGUGGUGGUGUUUCUGAUCGCGGCCGCCCACUGCGUUUACACGCCGUUCACGAAGGUUGAGGAAAGCUUUAAUCUGCAAGCGAUCCACGAUCUGCUCUACCACCGGACGAAUCUUACCGAGUACGAUCAUCAUGAGUUUCCGGGCGUGGUGCCACGCACCUUUCUCGGACCCCUGUUCAUCACGUUCCUGGUGUCGCCGAUCGCCACCCUGCUGGAAAUGUUCGAAAUCAACAAAUUCUGGAUGCAGUAUGCAGUUCGGUUUACGCUUGCCGCCACGGUCGUGUUUGCCUGGAACCGGCUAAAGGUUACCAUACUGCACAAGUUCGGUGUAACGGUAGGCGUUUGGUUUAUGCUAAUUACCGCCACCCAGUUCCAUUUCAUGUUUUACAUGAGCCGCCCCCUGCCGAACAUAAUGGCCCUACCGCUGGUACUGCUCGCCAUCGACUACUGGCUUAAUCGAGCCGUCAAACGGUUCAUCGUGUGUUCCGGUGCGGCGAUCAUCAUUUUCCGGGCCGAGCUAGCGAUGCUGCUGGGACUGUACCUGCUGUACGAUAUCUACUACCAGCGGAUAACACUGCCGGCUUUCCUGCGCACCGCCAUACCGGCCGGCGUACUGCUGAUCGUGCUGACUGUCACCGUCGAUAGCUACUUCUGGCGCCGGGUGCUGUGGCCGGAGGCGGAAGUGUUCUGGUUUAACACGGUGCAGAACAAAAGCUCCGAAUGGGGCACCUCACCCUUUCUGUGGUACGUCUACUCGGCGCUACCACGUGCGAUGGGUCUUUCGAUCGUGUUUGUCCCGUUGGGGCUGUAUCUGGAGACGCGCAUCCGGUCGCUGGUAGUGCCAGCAGUUGUGUUUGUGCUGCUGUUUUCCUGUCUGCCGCACAAGGAGCUACGAUUUAUCAUCUACGUGUUUCCACUGUUUAAUGUGGCUGCCGCGUGUGCAUGUAAUCGGCUGUGGCUUAACCGACAGAAAAGCUUGUGGAACAAGUUUCUUUCGUUCGUAUGCAUCGGACAUCUGUUCGGGAACACACUGCUGACGAUGUUUCUGCUGCUGGUGGCCGGAACUAAUUAUCCCGGUGGAGUAGCCAUCUCGAGAUUCCAUCGCCUUGCAGCCGGAGAAACCAACAUAUCCGUUCACAUUGACAACCUGUCCGCCCAGAGUGGCGUGUCGCGGUUCGCUCAGAUCAAUUCCGAUUGGACCUACAGCAAGCUGGAAAAUCUGCGACCUGACGACGAAAUGUUGCUCCGGUUCGAUUAUCUGCUGACGGAGGCGCAGGACAAAUACUCCGAUAAGAUGCGGCUCCUGUCGCAAACGCACGAAAUCGUCGAGUUUGUCGAGUGCUUUAACAGUAUCGGGCUGCAGUACCGUUCGGUGUUGCCGGUGAAGAUUAAAACUAAACCGUGCAUCUUCAUUAUGCGCCGCCGGUACGAUCUGCUGGUGGAUAGGGAACGGUGGUCGUCGUUGUUGGAAGAAAGCGGAGAAGAUGCCUUUAACGACGCAACACCUACUGUGCCUGAUACGGAGCACAAAGAAAAAGAAGAAGACUUUGAGGAAGAAGAAGAAGAUCAGGAGGAAGAGGACAAUCAUGAGCAACUAGAUGAUGUACCAAGCAAUGAAGAAGACAAGGAAGAAGAGUUUAUUGACACGGAGAAGGAAUCAGAGAAGCGACCAGAAAGACGGAAACGAAGUUUCUUCACUAAAAGCUCAUCUUUUCGGAUGAAUGCGAGAAAUAUUCCUCCACUUGUACCAAAGUUUCGGCGUGUAAGUGUGAAACAAGCGGAGGACCCGGACGAUCACCACCAGUCCGACAAUCAACCAAGCACAGCAAAAGACGACGACGAGGAAGAAGAUGAAAAGGAAGCGGAAGAGACGCUAUCGUCGGUAGAGGGACGACCAAAGCUCGCUUCCUUCUAUCCACAGUUGAGCAAAUCCACCGGCGCCCGGCUAAAGGAGACACGCAAACUCAUAAAGGAGGAAAAGAUGCGCAAGAUGGCGAGCAAGCUAACGAAGGCCAGCUUUAGCGAGGUGUGCAACCUGGACCGGAUGUCGAUGAAGGAGUGCUUGAAGAAGCUGAUCGACGACAGUGGUACCCUUGGGGACGAGCUGGACGAUGAGGAUGAUUAGA